AUGUUGAAGUCCAACGACCACACCGCCACUGUCAAGCGCGAAUUCGCCUUGCUCGAAAAUGUGCUCAACCAGACUGCAGACGAUGCUGCCAGGUGCCUCAAGCUACUCAAGAAGAACCUCUCGGACUACGACAACCGCCAUGGAAACUACUUUAUCAACACGGCCACCUCGUUCAUGCGGAAUGACAUGCGAACAGCAAAAGACAUGGCAUUCGACUUGAAGCACGUGGCACACCAGAUCAACAAGAAUCCGGAACCGUCCGAAUUGAACAUCGACUCGGCGCGUAAUAUGAUGGAUGUUGUUGCCAAAUCCAUGGACGUCCUCAGCACGACAGCUCGUAACUAUGACGAGAAGAACGGACGAUCGAAAGGUGUUAAAGGCGUGAUUGACAAUGCCGUCGGCAAGAAUGACAAGGAAAAACAUGAAAAGGAAGGAGGUCUAUUCGGUAAGGGUCACAGGAACAUAGACGAGAAACACGUCGGUCAUCUUGGCACGAUGGAUGCCAACCACGACGGUGGUCUGCUCGGGAAAACGGACGGCCACCACCACCACGGCGGCGGCGUUUUCAGCAGCUCUGAUACGGUCGAGCAGCUAGUCAAGACGACGUUGCACGACAACUUUAACGUCAGUGCACUGAGUCACCAGAUCACAAAUGCCGAGAAAUCGUUGUCACCGUCGCCUUCAUUCGUGGAACGCGUGAAAGAGGUGGUCCACGAGGUCAAAGACAAACUGAAGGGCGAAAAGUCAAGUCCGACGCACGGCGGUCAUCACGGCAACAAGCACGUCGUGGCACCAUAA